AUGUCCCAUAAGUCUCAUAUUAAUGCCGUCAAUACAACUCUUAAGGACUUGAGAUCAUCUGAUGCGGUAAUGGGCGGAAUUAGUUUUGUGUUCACAGGCGAUUUUAGGCAAACACUACCUGUGGUUCCGAAAGGCACACGAGCUGAUAUCGUUAAUGCUUGCUUAAAAGCUUCGGAAGUUUGGCCAUAUAUAAAAAAAUUGCAUUUAUCAGUUAACAUGCGCGCGUACCUCAGUGUAAAUAGCUGCUCUGAAGUAUUUGCUCAGUACCUUCUACAAAUAGGCAACGGUUCAGCAACUAUAACACGCAAUGGGUAUGUUACCAUGUCGGAUAUCGUAGGAACCUGCGUAAGAAGUAUUGAUGAGCUUAUUGAUAAUGUUUAUCCAAACAUUGCAAACAUACAAAUUAUUAAUUCCAAUUGGCUUUGCGAACGUGCAAUUGUCACUUCGAAAAAUUCGGCAGCAGAAGAUAUCAAUGAAGCAGUAUUGAGCAGAAUUUCAACAGAAUACAAACUCUAUAAGUCUGUAAAUUCAGUAACUGACCCCAACGAUAUGGUUCAUUACCCUGUGGAGUUUCUUAACUCCUUAAACCCCGCAGGUAUGCCUCCACAUGAGCUAAAACUUAAAGCUGGAACACCCGUAAUUCUUUUACGCAAUCUUAAGCCACCCGAGUUGUGUAAUGGUACGCGUCUUCAAAUCAUACGUUUUUUCCCCAAUCUUAUAAAGGCAAGAAUUUUGACCGGUCCGGCAACGGGAGAAAUAACGAUGAUUCCAAGGGUACCAAUGAUCCCAACGGAUUUGCCAUUUACGUUUAAACGUGUCCAGUUUCCAGUAAAGACAUGUUUUGCCAUUACCAUUAAUAAGUCCCAAGGGCAGACCUUUAACGUUGUCGGCAUUGAUCUCCGUAACGAAGUGUUUACGCAUGGCCAAUUAUAUGUGGCACUUUCACGUAUCGGUUCAUCACAAAAUCAAACUUUUCUUAUUCCCGUAAAUGGAAAUGAAACGUAA